AUGGCGCAAAUACUCCAAGACCUCGUCUACUCGUUUACCAAUUGCCUGAGCUGCUUCCCGGGCUCCCCCACGCUCAAAGUCAACAGCCGCAGCUUCAAGAUUCUGCAAUUGCUUGGCGAACGCAUCAUUCUAACACCCCUCCCAACCAAGGGCGGCUUCUCCUACGUCUACCUCGUCGAGGACCUGUCCACCAAGGAGCACUUUGCCCUUAAAAAGAUCCGCUGCCCCUUUGGCGCCGAGUCCGUACAGCAAGCCAUGCGCGAGGUCGAAGCCUACCGCCUCUUCCGCCACGUCCCCAACAUCAUCCCCGCCGCCGACCACGCCGUCGCCACCGAGCGCGGCGCCGACGAGGCCACCAAGACCGUCUACGUCUUGCUGCCCUACUACCGCCGCGGCAACCUCCAGGACAUGAUCAACGCCAACCUCGUCAACCACGCCAGGUUCCCCCAAGGACACCUCCUGACCCUCUUCCUCGGCGUCUGCAAGGCCCUUCGCGCCAUGCACGACUACCACGCCCCGCCCGCGGAGCGCAUGGAAAUGGGCCACGAGGCCGACACGAAUCCGGACCCGAGCAAUAGCAGCAGCGGGAGGGGCGGCCGCUCCUCAACGAAACGCACAGAGGAAGACGAGGAGACGGAGCAGGAGAGACCCCUCAUGGAGUCGGAAAAUCAGAUGGGUCAGGGUGGCAAGAUAAAAGCCUAUGCGCAUCGCGACAUCAAGCCAGGAAACAUCAUGAUAGAUGACUCGGGCUCGAACCCUAUACUCAUGGACCUCGGCUCCGUCGCGCCGUCGCCCAUACCCGUCACAUCGCAGUCCAUUGCGCUCCAGAUUCAGGAAACGGCCGCCGAGCACUCCACCAUGCCCUACCGCGCCCCCGAGCUCUUUGACGUGCAGACGGGCACCGUCAUCGACACCAAGGUCGACAUAUGGUCCCUCGGCUGCACGCUCUUUGCCUGUCUCGUCGGCAAGUCGCCCUUUGAGAUGCGCUCCGACGAGACGGGCGGCACCCUGUCGCUCUGCGUCAUGGGCGGCGACUGGCGCUUCCCCGACCAGUCUCCCAACGGCGCCAAGCGCGUCAACAGUAUCCAGGUCGCCAAGGCAAAAGCCGCCGCCGGCCCACCGACCGCCGGUGCCGGAGAGGGCUCGUCGUCCGGAGAGGCUGCUAUUAGCGAACCUAUUCGCGAGAUUGUGCGCCAGUGUCUCAAGGUCGAGCCGGCGGAGCGUCCCGACAUUCACCAGCUCAUCACCAUGGUGGAAAAUGCCAUUCAAAGCCUGCCUGGCGCCGGCCGAGACUACGACUCGUAA